UGAACCGGACUAUAUCGUUCUGAGAUGUGAGAGAUCGAUCAUCAAUAAUAAAAUCUAAUGGAGAUCUAUCAAAUAUGGAAAUUUUACAAAACCAAAAGAAGAGAAGAAGCCUACGGUUGUUCUGUUCCUUUCAAUCUCACCAAAUUUUCAUCUUCGCCUUCAAUUUUUGUGUUUCAAUUCAGUCUGAUGUGUUCUCUUCACCAAACCAAUUUCGUAACCCUAGCUUCUUAAAUCUAUACAACAAAAGAAGAGUUUGAUUCGUUUUUUUUCGAAUCUGAAUAAAAAAAUUGGUUUUUUUUGGUCUAGAUGAAAUCUAGAUGAUAGAUGUGUGUCUGAUUACGAAACCCUGAGAGAUGCUAGGAGCGAUUCAUUUCGGAGUAUUAGCAGCUUGUUUCGUCCUCUUCGUUCCCAUGGUUAUGGCAGGUUGGCAUCUGAGCAGGAACAAGAUGCUCUUCUUUAGUGGCGCUUUGUUUAUUUCUCUCGCGGUUUGUGUUCAUCUCACGCCUUACUUCCCUUCCGUCUCCGACAUCGUAGCCUCUGUUUCGUCUGUUGUCGUCUACGAUCAUCGUAUCUCUUGUAUCAACGAGGUGAAUCAGAUUGUCUGGGAUGUUAAGCCCGUCGACUCUGUUCGUAGGCGUAGUAACAACGGCUCAACAACGAAGCUUGAUUAUUUCGACAAGAAUUGGGAUUGGAUGAAAUCGAGGAAAGUUUUGAGCUGUGAGUUUCAGAAGUUGGAUAGGUUCGAUGUUUCGGAUUUGUUGAAUGGAUCUUGGGUUGUUGUCGCUGGUGAUUCUCAGGCGAGGUUCGUGGCUUUGUCUUUGUUGAGUCUUGUUUUGGGUUCGGAUUCCAAGUCCAUGGGUUCGGUUAAAGAUGAUCUCUUUAAGAGGCAUAGUGAUUACACCCUUGUGGUUAAGGAGAUUGGGAUGAAGCUUGAUUUCGUUUGGGCUCCUUACGAGAAAGAUUUGGAUGAUCUUGUGGUUUCGUAUAAGAAGAUGAACAAGUAUCCUGAUGUUGUGAUUAUGGGAAGUGGGUUAUGGCAUAUGCUUCAUGUCAACAAUGCUUCAGAUUUCGGAUCCCAGUUGAAGCAGUUGAGCAGUCAUGUGGAGUCUCUGGUGCCCUUGAGGCCAAAGGAGCAAGAAGGAGGUGGAUCGGUUUCUGGUAGAUCUAUGCAUCUGUUCUGGAUCGGGAUGCCGGUUCUGAUCAAUGGGAUGUUGAAUACGGAUGAGAAGAAGCACAAGAUGAGUGAUACGGUGUGGCAUGAGUAUGAUAGGUCACUAGGGGAGAGUAAGAUCUUGCGUCAAAUGGGAGGUCCACUUAUCUUGCUUGAUAUACAGUCCUUCACAUGGAAUUGUGGACCGCAAUGUACACUUGACGGAAUGCAUUACGACUCUGCGGUCUAUGAUGCUGCUGUUCACGUCAUGCUCAAUGCGUUGCUUAUUGAAUCUCAUCAAACUUUAUGAGUUCUUGACACGGUUUUUUCUUUUCUUUUUUGGUUUUUUUUUUGUUUGGGGUUCUCUCAUGUAGAGUUUUAAGAGAAGUGAGAUGUUGAUAGGAAUUUUUACAACACACGAUGAUCCGUUUGGCCUGAAUGAUCUUCACAUUGGAAGUAAGUGAACUUACAUUCUUGGCUAUAAUAGGUUUACUAUCUUUUGACUUUGGAAGUUAUAACCUUUUUUUUAGAUUUUCAGAUUUUUAGUUAUUAUUAUACAUCGCA